UCAACAGUCAUACCACAUUGGGAUUACAGCAAUUUGCUAAUUUUCAUAGAUCAUCAGGAAAGAAGUAAAGCCAAAGGAGGUCAAACUUUGUAGGAACUAACAAGCUCCUGGACUGGAGGACUAAAGGAAGACGAGGCGAGAGAAAAAGGAUAAACUAAAACCAAUUUGAGCUUGUGAAUAUACUUUUUUUGCAGUCCAUCUGAUGCCAGGCCCCAGACCUGCUGGACCCGAGUUGCUGGUGCACACACAACAUUGAGUAAUUUUCUCAGCGUCAGCCAGUUGACCGGUGAAGUCAGUGCCGUAGGGAAGAUUGGCGAUGAUCCGCUUUCGGCUUUGCCAGAAGUGUCAGGGCCAUCGUUGUUAGAGCUCAUUGUGUUUUGCAGUGGCGCACAGAGUGAGAGAGCGCGGGCAGUGUGUAGUAAUCUAAGGAUGACACCCGCACUUUAUUCCAUCAGAAGUGCUCAGUGAGGUGUGUGGUGUAGCUCAUCACACUUUGUCUCUGCACUACAAACACACACACACACACACACACAUUUUAAACCCCCGUAUUUGCACAUACAAACACGAGAGCUACACACUCCCAGAGACUGACGAUGCAUUGGAUCGGAACUCUGUCCGGAUCUUAAACACAGCAGACUUUCAGAUCGGGGAGUGUAUGAGUGGAGUGCAUCCAGUGGAGCAUGUUGGAAAGCAAGAGUUAGGCAGGUCGAUGUUGCACGAUUACACUGUCUGAUACCCUGUGAUUAUUCUGAGGAGUCUAAAAUUACCAUGUAAAAUUGCUGUCCAUUUACGCUACAGUGUAUGCAUGAUAGCGUAUUGAAAGGGAUACCAUUCAAGCGAAUAAUGGUAGAUACCUCAUCAAAGUAUAGUCUCUGGAGUAAAAUAGACUAAAAAGUGUAAUAUCUGAAACUAAAGCGUCUGACUGCAGUUUGCUCAACCUCUUGCUGGUUGGCUAUUCUACACAGGGCAAGCACUUCCACUCUGUCUUUAUAGAGCGGCACUCAAGCUCAAUAGAUUUUAUUUAACCUUAGCUAUCUCCAGAUGAGUUGUAGUGAGAUAGUGUCUCCAUCUCUCCAGAGGCCUGGCCGGUUUGGUUAAAGCUCAAAAGAACAUUGACUUCUGCCUACCGAUUUGUCUGGUGAGAAGUGCAGAAAACCUUGUUUAACUCAUUAAAAUACAAUGUGUUAGAGAAUGAACAAUGUUGCCCUAGAUUUCUCUCUGUCCUCGAGGGCACGAUAGCUCUAUUUCAAAAGUUAGCAAUACACUUGACCUGCUUUGGAAGUCAGUUUCUCAGCCUGUAUCUGACUGAAAUAUAGUAUUAUUGAUGUUUUCCGUUCCUUGGAGCAGUGUGGUUUGACCUACACGAGACAAGCAGUCUGUUGUUGUGGUUAAUUGUGUGGGUGAUUGUUGAAGCGCCCUGUGCUUAGAACUAGCCUAGCUCCCAGUUUGACACUGCAGUCGGUGAUGAGCUAAUUAAGUUGUCCCUUAUUUGGUUAAUUGCAUAGCUGCCAUUACUGAAUACUCUUGCUGGUAAAGAACACAAUAUUACAGGUCUGCUUUGGUCACUUUUGGUAUUGGUUUUGUGGUUUAUUGAUCUGAGAGUCUUGGGCUUUAGUCUCAGGAGGUUAGGAGCCCUGUGGUAGAAAAUAGCUAGCCUAGCAGUGUUUGCUUUGUUGUCGUUUCGAGCUCCUCUACUGCUUUAUAACAGCAAAACCCAUGCACCGUAUGGAUUUAAGACAAUGCAUGUCGUAAGUUCUUUCUAAGCAGCACAAGGUGCUAAAGUCAACAGUGGAACUUUUUGUUGCUCUAAGCUCAUCUCCUUGUGCAUUGUGAUAUAGUGUCUAAAUCACUAUCUCUGUUAGUGCCCUGAGCUCUGGCCAAACGUCUGUGGAUUGCAUGCAAGCUCUGGCUACAAUUCAGUGUUAUGUGAUUUAGCAGUUUCUUUGCAUGUGUUGUGACGCAGUGUAGCACAUAAGAGUCCUUUAUUUAAGUGUUGUCCUCAAACAACAACUUCUGUCUGAUUGCACUGAAGUAAAGCUGGGCAGUUAGCGUGUGCACGUGUCUGCAGCAUUGCAGUUGAGAACAAAUCAGAGUGUGUGUGUAUGUGGACUGGUUUGUCUGUAGCAGUGCAGGCAGGGUCACAGAGGAGCCAUUGAUCAAACGUGCACAUACACACAUACACACGCACAGCUUCUCAAUACACAAUGAGGCCUGUCCUCUGCCGCCUCCUCCCUGCCCCCUUCUCUCUGGCCCUACGCAGCCUGGUCCUGGUCCUGCUCUGCAUCACUCCCCGUUGUCAGGCGGUGCAGGCGGAGAAUGUGACCGUCUUGGAGGGAGGUACGGCCCAGAUCUCCUGCCGCCUGCAGAACUACGAUGGAUCAAUCGUGGUUAUCCAGAAUCCCCGCCGGCAGACCCUCUUCUUUAACGGCACGCGAGCCCUGAAGGACGACCGUUUCCAGAUGGUGCUCUUCACCCCGCGGCUGGUGCGCAUCACGUUGACCAACGUCAGCGUGACGGAUGAGGGCGGCUACUUCUGCCAGCUCUACACGGAUGCCACGCACCACCAGGUGGCGACGCUCUCAGUUUCGGUGCCACCGGAGACGCCCACGGUGGAGGUGAAGCAGGAGGCCAUAGAGGGCGGCGAGGUGGAGCUCACCUGUAUGUCGCCGCGCAGCAAGCCGGCUGCCACCCUGCGCUGGAUUCGUAACGGCCGUGAGAUACCAGGUGUGGUAUCCCAGCAGGACAACGCGAAGACGUUCAGCGUGUCCAGCACCAUCCGGAUCCCAGUAGAAAGGAAAGACAACGGGGCGGCGCUGAGCUGCGAGGCGUUCCACCCAGCACUCGCCGGGCAGAAGAGGAUUCGACACUAUCGCCUGGAUGUGUAUUUUGCACCAACAGUGAGAAUUGUUCCUCCCUCUGGCAUUUUGCGAGAGGGCGACUCGCUCAGCCUCACCUGCUCUGUCACUGGGAACCCUCUGCCCAGGAACAUUCAGUGGUCCAAGAUUAAUGACACCUUACCCGAGAGGGCAGAGAUUUCCGGCCCCACCUUUCAGAUUUCCCGUCUCAGCCAAUCACACAACGGAACGUACUUGUGCCAGGCCCAGAACAACUAUGGACGUGCUGCCGAUCAUUACACCCUACUGGUGUAUGAUAAUGUGUCAGUCACUACCAUGGUCCCUCCCACUCCCACCACCCAACCAAUCACCUCCCAUCCCAUCACCCCAACCCUCCUAACACCCAGCUUCGCUCUGGACCCGAAAGAUCCCGGUGCAGUGGUAGAGACUCACAGUGCAGCACCAUAUGCAGUGAUAGGUGGUGUUCUGGCACUGCUGGUUUUCACCGUCAUCUGUGUCCUCAUCGUCACCAUCUGGUGCUCUGUUCGACAGAAAGGUUCCUAUCUUACCCAUGAGGCCAGUGGGUUGGAUGAACAUGGUGAGGUGCAGGAGGCUUUCCUCAACGGGAACGACGCCAGCCAGGGCAAGAAAGAGUACCUACUGUAGCCCCUCUCCUUCCCUAUCCCCUUCUCCUCUGACCUCACCCCCCCCCUCCAUCCCUUCCUCUACCUGUUUCCCACCUUAUAAACAGUAUAUAUACACACACACACACACACACACACACACACACACACACACUACACAAAUACACACUUCUAUACAAAGCGCCAUAACAGGCGGCCUUCUAAAAACGACUGUAUACAGAUACUGCACACAGCAAAUCCAUCCCGUUACAUUCCACUCCAUAUCCUCCAUGCACACACACAUACCCAUAGACAGACUGAGAAAAAGAGAGCCUAUAGACCCACCAGCCAUUAACAACUGCGCCAUAUACUGUAAGUCUGAUAAACUGGGGAAAAUGGAGGGAGUGGGGGAGAGGGUUAGGUGAAUGCAGACAAUAACGAAAUGAGGACAUAAUUAUGUUGAUCGAGGGGGAAGCGGGGAGCACUACGAAUACAGGCACUCUGCCCUUGCAACCACAAAAGUGGAAGGGGAAUUAGAGGCAGAUGACUGCUGUAAUUCAAUACCUGCAGAAAAUCAGCUAUUUCACAAAGCCCAAUCUUUAACUUAUGGAGACAGUGGGAGCUGUGUGUAAGGGGGUUACCAAGAGCUAUUGAGCGCUAGAUGCUAGAAAAUUGAUUUUUUUUUUUUUUUAAAUUGCCAAAGCAUCUUUCCUACAGAGCGCAACUUAUAGUUCCCUACAGCAAUGGAGUGCUCAGCCCAGUCCUGGGAAGUAUCCAGGCUUUAUGGACAAGCUAACCGUCCUGUUUUGCUAUCCCUAUUGGGUGACCUGUCAAUAAUUUGUGAAAAGGAGUCAUCUUUUAGUGAUUUCUUUUUCCCUCUCGCUGCAACAGUGAGGAAAAGGUCAUUCUCUUUUCAUCUAAUUGACCCUCCAUCACCUCCUUUCUCUCUGCUCACCUGUUACCACCCUCUCCCUUAUAUUUCUCUUUCUCUCUGCCCCCCUCUAUCCUUUCUCCUUUGUUGGCUCCUAAUAAUGAAAGGAUUAGUGUUGGGCUGCGAAGAAGAAGGGAAUAUGACUUGCUAAGGCAUUACAGAAAAGCUUAAUUAUUUUAGAAUGCCAUUAAGAGGAUAAGGUUUAAAAGUCUUAAUAAGAAGGGCAAGGGGAUUGAAUGAAUCAGAAAAUAAAAUGGAUGGAUAUUUUUUCUGAAUGCUACCACACAUAUGCAGAUACAUGCACACAUUCAUACAUACAGUAAACAUGUUGACAGAACAAGUAUACAUAUCUCUGAAUUCCUUAUUUGUAUAAAAAAAGAACAGCAACAUAAAUUAAAUGAAACUUUUAAGAAAUAAAAAAAAAAUGUUUACUAUUGAAACGCAUUAUGAAGCAACUAUACUAACACAGAAUAUUAGCCUAUAGAGGUGUAAAGCCGAACAAACCACUGUCCAGUGAUCUUUAAAGAAAAUAAAGAAAAGAAUAAAAAAAAUCAUUUGUCUUUAUGAGAAACCAGAGGUCUUAUGGGUUUUUUUAAUGAAUUAUUAUUAUUGUUUGAACAAUUAUGAUUAUUGUUAAUGUUAUUAUUAUUGUCGUUGUUAUUAUUAUAAUUGUAAAUGUUAAAGAAAUGUACACUUCCCAUGGUUUGUUUUUAGUUCUACUGUAGAGAAAUUGCUGUCCGUUUUCACUCUUACCUUUCCUCUCUUUCCCAGUCUCUCUCUUCGUCUCCUGUGCCUAGUCGUCUCUUCUCCUGUCUUUCACUCUUGUUUAUUUUAGAGUCCAUGUGUCAUUGUUGAUAUAUAGCUAACUAUUUCUUUAUAGGGGAAAAGAUACAAAGCACGACAAAAUAAAAAAGAAUUCAAAAAAUA